AUGAAAACAGGACGAUCAAAGCUUAUGUUAAAACUUGUGGAAGAAACAAGCAAAAAUUCGAAAAGUACGGGUUUUACUCAUGAAGAGCGCAUGGAUGAGGAGGACUGCAUACCAGGGACUCCAGAAUGCCAUUCGCCAUUACCUCCAGGAGCACGCAACGUAAUAGAAGAGAUGAACGACAUUUGUGAAGAUGUCUUUUCAGAUGACGUACACGGAACAAGCGAAAUCAUAAAAUCAACAAAUGAAAAUAUGGACCCGAACAUACCAUCAUCUACUUGUGUUCUUGAAGAAGAUCCUUUUAUGGCCGUGUAUGAAAAUGCAUCCUCACCAUAUUUACUCGCGUCAGAAAAUCAGCAUGGUGUCGUGUCCCUCUUAAAUAUCACCUCAGCUCUAACCCCUUUAAAUACUUCUACCCUGAUAUCAGACCUGUCACCUUUCCCGCAACCGAUUACCUCGACUGUUGACAACAAUGGACAAACACCUAUGCCAUCACCAGUAAAAACUCAUGGUGAGGUAUGUAAUGACUUUUUUUGUUCCACUCACGAUGGUGCAGACAUAGCAACUGUCAAUCAAACAAGCACAGCUGUGUCUUCAUACCAGUUGUCUCCAGCGCCUCUUAUUCAAUGUAGAGGUAAAAAACGUGUCCGAAAUUAUGACAAUUGGGAAGAAAUUAAAAGAAAACGCUUAGCAAAUGCAGGAAAAGAAUACAUCUCCAAAAAGGGCGUUAUUGUUCAAGCAAAAACGUAG